CUUAUUUUUGUACAUAAAAUAAAUUAUCAAUUAUAUGAUACAACGUUUUCUAUAUUUGUGAUUUAAAGUUGUUAUUGCUUGUUUCUCUUAAUAGUAUUUGUUAAAGUUAUAAAGACAAUAAUUUUCUAUUACUAAGAAGAUGGCAUAACAUGGCAAUGAUUAUGGUGGUGUACUAGCUAUCCAUUAAACCACGCGUUUUGGAAGCUGGUUAUAUUCUGUACAAUAAUAUCAACAUUCUCCACGACAUAUUUGUUCAAUUUUGAGAACAAGAUGUAUCCCGUUGGUCAAGCUGCUCCGAGUGAGACGAGCAGUGGCGCGGUCAGUGCUGCAGCAGUGAGCGCUGCAGCCGGAACAAUGGCUUCUGUAGCCGUCGCGUCUAGCACAGCCCCGACUACGGCGGCCCCAUCCCCAGGAGUGGCCACUGGUACAGGAGCCAUAGGCUUGGUUUCACCAGCUGCAGUGCCUCCACCAGAUUUACCUGUAUUAACGUGCCCGCGUCGCCCAAAUCUUGGUCAUGAAGGUAGACCUAUAAUGCUACGUGCCAACCACUUUCAAAUCACUAUGCCAAGAGGGUUUGUCCAUCAUUAUGAUGUGAACAUACAACCGGAUAAGUGUCCAAGAAAGGUUAAUAGGGAAAUUGUUGAAACUAUGGUACAUGCAUACAAUAAAAUUUUUGGAGCUCUUAAACCUGUCUUUGAUGGCAGGAAUAAUUUAUAUACAAGGGAUCCUCUUCCCAUUGGGAAUGACAGAGUUGAGUUGGAGGUGAUACUACCUGGAGAAGGAAAGGAUAGAGUAUUCCGGGUUACCAUUAAAUGGCUUGCUCAGGUAUCAUUAUUUGCUUUGGAAGAAGCUUUAGAAGGUCGUACCAGGCAGAUACCCUAUGAUGCCAUAUUGGCAUUGGAUGUGGUAAUGAGACAUCUGCCAUCUAUGAUGUACACACCUGUUGGCCGUUCUUUUUUCUCAUCACCUGAUGGAUAUUACCAUCCCCUAGGAGGAGGACGUGAAGUUUGGUUUGGUUUCCAUCAGUCUGUAAGACCAAGUCAAUGGAAAAUGAUGCUAAAUAUUGAUGUUUCUGCAACAGCUUUUUACAAAGCACAACCUGUUAUAGAGUUUAUGUGUGAAGUCCUAGAUAUAAGGGACAUUAACGACCAAAGAAAACCACUAACAGACUCACAGCGAGUGAAAUUUACUAAAGAAAUAAAAGGUCUUAAGAUUGAGAUUACGCACUGCGGAGCAAUGAAAAGGAAGUACAGAGUUUGUAAUGUAACACGCAGACCGGCACAGAUGCAGUCUUUCCCUCUCCAGCUUGAAAAUGGUCAAACAGUUGAAUGUACGGUGUCUAAAUAUUUCAUGGACAAAUACAAAAUGAAGUUGAGAUAUCCACAUUUACCAUGCCUACAAGUAGGACAGGAACACAAACAUACAUACUUGCCAUUGGAAGUUUGCAAUAUUGUACCUGGACAGAGAUGUAUUAAGAAACUUACAGAUAUGCAAACAUCUACUAUGAUUAAAGCGACAGCGCGUUCUGCCCCUGAUAGAGAGCGAGAGAUUAAUAAUUUGGUGCGACGAGCUAACUUUAACACGGAUUUGUAUGUGAAAGAAUUUGGAUUAACAAUAUCAAAUAACAUGAUGGAGGUUCGAGGACGCGUUCUACCGCCACCCAAGCUUCAAUAUGGCGGCCGGGUAUCCUCACUUGGCGGACAGCAGGCACUCCCUAAUCAAGGAGUAUGGGAUAUGCGAGGGAAACAGUUCUUUAUGGGAGUUGAAAUAAGAGUGUGGGCAAUUGCUUGUUUUGCACCUCAAAGGACAGUCAGAGAAGAUGCCCUAAAAAAUUUCACACAGCAAUUACAAAAAAUCUCAAAUGACGCGGGGAUGCCUAUCAUUGGGCAGCCAUGCUUUUGUAAAUACGCAACGGGUCCAGACCAGGUGGAACCCAUGUUCAAAUAUCUUAAGUCUACGUUUGUACAGUUGCAACUUGUAGUUGUCGUACUGCCGGGGAAGACACCAGUUUACGCUGAAGUAAAAAGAGUUGGUGACACAGUACUAGGAAUGGCGACACAAUGUGUGCAAGCUAAGAAUGUAAACAAAACAUCUCCUCAGACAUUGAGCAACUUGUGUUUGAAAAUAAAUGUUAAACUUGGUGGCAUUAACUCUAUUUUGGUGCCGUCAUUACGUCCAAAGGUGUUCAAUGAGCCGGUAAUCUUCCUGGGCGUGGACGUGACGCACCCGCCGGCGGGCGACAACAAGAAGCCGUCGAUCGCGGCCGUGGUGGGCUCCAUGGACGCACACCCCUCACGAUACGCCGCCACAGUGCGCGUGCAGCAGCACAGGUACAUCGAGAACAUACCUGAUAGUGGUAUCAGGCAAGAAAUAGUACACGAAAUGAGUAGCAUGGUACAGGAGUUAUUAAUAAUGUUCUACAAAAGUACUGGCGGCUUCAAACCUCAUCGUAUCAUAAUGUACCGCGACGGUAUCUCCGAGGGACAGUUUUUGCAAGUGCUGCAGCACGAACUCACCGCUGUACGAGAAGCGUGUAUAAAGUUGGAAGCUGAAUAUAAGCCGGGUAUAACAUUCAUAGUAGUACAAAAACGUCACCACACUCGACUAUUUUGCGCAGAUAAAAAAGAACAGUCUGGAAAGUCGGGUAAUAUCCCCGCCGGGACUACCGUCGAUUUGGGUAUUACUCACCCUACGGAGUUCGACUUCUAUCUGUGCAGUCAUCAAGGAAUACAAGGCACGUCACGGCCGUCCCACUACCACGUGCUGUGGGACGACAACCACUUUGGCUCGGACGAGUUGCAGUGCCUCACGUAUCAGCUGUGCCACACGUACGUUCGCUGCACGCGCUCGGUGUCGAUACCCGCGCCCGCCUACUACGCUCAUCUUGUCGCCUUCCGCGCUCGCUAUCACCUAGUGGAGAAGGAGCACGACUCAGGCGAAGGAAGCCACCAAUCAGCCUGCAGCGAGGACCGUACGCCUGGCGCCAUGGCCCGAGCCAUCACAGUGCACGCCGUCACCAAGAAGGUCAUGUACUUCGCCUGAGUCCGCUUCUAUCGCCUCACCCCGUACAGGGACAGAGGAUAAUGGUGCGUUGCAAUACUUACGUGUAUAUAACAGCCACCGAUCGACCGUACUAGUUUACGUACUAUAACUAUGAAUCGUGAUUUAUGUAUUUUAUACGUGAUAAACCACAUCUAUUUUAAUAGUUCAAUUUAAUUUUAAUAAUGUUUUCUUACAUGUUCAGACAUAAAUAUUGACUUAAAAAAUUUAUUAGUAAACAAGUUGUUUUACAUUUUAAUGGUACUUAACAAGCAAUAUUGUUACUCAAUAAUAUUUUGCCCCUUUCUAUAAUAAUGCCAGCAGUGUGCCUAGGCCGCUCCUAAUCAACAACAAAUACUCAAUAUUUUUCUUUAUAGAUAAAACACGCCAAUAUCACCAAUAAUUGCAUACCUCACAUCUGCGCACACGUACUAUUGUUUAUAUGCAUCAUAAGGUGGUAACAGGACUCUUUCAUACGCGUGCACAGGUGUGACUAAUUUAUAAUUACAAUUUUAUGAAAUUUUAUAUGAUGUAAAAUGUAUUAUGUCAAACGAAAUAUUUUCUGUGAUAAUAUUCGCAAAAGAAAUCCAAUACUGACAGUCAUAUCAAUUAGUAUCUAGUUCUUAAAUCAAACCUUUUUUCUAUAAUUACUUCAGAAUAAGCUUGUCACUGUAUUCUAAGAACUUUUUACUUAGUUAUUUCCAUUUUAAGAUACAAUAGUAGUAAUAGUAGUCUUUAGUAGUGCAAUUUUUAUUAUCACCUAUAUUUUUAUUGCCUGUUUAAACUUCGUUUAAAAUGAAGAAGUGAAACUGCGUUGAGAGGCCUAGGUCUUGAUAUUGCCAAAACUUAAGUCAGAAUUUAUAAAGUAUAUGAAAUAAUUUAUUCAAUUUACAUUUUUCAGUAAAUUAAGAUCAAUAUAAAUCAGUGAUAUUAACUUUAGUUCUUCAAGGUAACAUGACUAAUCAAACAUUCAAUGCUCCUUUAAUAUAUAUCGAAUAAUUAUUGGUUAUAAAUAUAUCUUCAACGGACAAUGUACAAUUAUCUCGUGUACACCCAUUACUUUUGUAAUAGACACUUGACUGUAGAAUGCGAGAAUGCUUCGAUGAAAUUAACGAUCUUGGAAUAUAUGUGUUUGGUUGUAUCGCAGUUGCAGCUCAUUCAAUUACUAUGUAACAGGAUGGCAAUUCACGAUAUACAGCUAAGAAUACCAAAGAGUAGUACAGUCGGCUUGAGUAAGAUUUCUCAUAAAAUAUAAAACCGUUGAGGAUAUGAACUUUACAAGUGCUUUACAGAGUGUGAACAACAUUGAUGACUAUUGAGUGUGUUAUUGUAUCAGUUUGUAAUCACAUUCGAUCUGAACCAUGAAUGACGAAUUCCAAAGAAAGAAUUGGCUAUGUAUAUGUAAUACUUUUAUCGUGUUAGUAAAUUAUGCAAUUAGCCCGCAUUAGUACAACAUGAUAUUUAAACAAUGAAUAUAUUUCUCAAAACUUUGAAUACAAUUCUUAAAAGUAUAUGUAUACAUGGUUAGUUUAAUUUUAUUUGUUUCUGUUACUGUCAUUUCUCUCAAAGUCAUAAAUCUUCCUUUUUUAUAUAUAUUUUUCUUUUCACGUAUAUAAUUUUUGUAAUUAACAUUCUAAUAAUAGAUCAUAGACAAUUUUGAAUUAUAUUAGUAACCUGAGAUCAAGAAAGCAGCUUGCUAUAUAUAGCAAGGAAAGAGGAGUUGUAGACAUUGGUAGAAAGAUCGGAUAUAUUUUAUUUUAUAGACCUUUGGCGUCGUAACAUUCUUACGUCAGAUCGCUGCAUAGAGCCUCUGGAGUGAUUAGACUAGCGAAUUCACACUGCCUAAAUAUAGUCAUCCGCAACGGACAAUGUGCAUAUGAUUAUAGUCAUGUAAUAGACGAUUCGAUCAUCAGUUAUUGUCAUUUUAGAUAUAGAAUACCAGUAGAAGUAUGGAUAAUCACAAAAUGAGGAAGGGGUGCAAUAGGUGUGGCUGUAUAGCCGUGAACGAGAAGGUACUAUUUUUUCGAUAUUGUACAAUUUUCACAUAAAUUUGCUUGUAAUUGUAUGGUUGAAAAUAGAUUUUGAUAUAGAUAAUAAAAUAGAUUCCAAAUUUCUUCGUGCAGGGUAAUCGCGAAACUUAAGGGAUAAUAUGAAAGUAAUGUCUGUUAAUGUUAUAUCUACUUUUAACGUCAAAUCUACGUGUAUAGGAUGUUUCUAGCUUUUAGCGGCUAUUUGAUUACUGGUAGGUCAGGCCUAUAUGUUCUAUAGUGUUUGACUAAAUACAGUGAAUCACGAUAAAUAAAGUAGCCAAUAAAAGAUAGUUAUCAAAUAAAUAAGAUAUAAUUAUUUUGCUCCAUAAAAUAUCUCUCCUUAUUAAAUAGGUACCAAAAUAGUUUUAAAUCAUGUAAUGUGAGUGUUAUAAUUAAAAUAAUCUAUAUAGUAAUUUAAAAUAUCGGUAAUAAAGAAUAAGUAAUGUAAUUAAAAAUUAUAUUUUAAAAUAAGUAACUUAUAUGUUAUAUAUUGUAGAGUGAAUCACUUCCUGUUAUAAUUUUAUUGUGUAGUGAUUUAAAGUAUCAAGAAACUCGAUGGUGGUGUAAGGUAAUGAAAGUUGAAUUAAAUAUAAGAGUAACAUUUACACGUAGUAUUUGUUUGGUUGACAUGUAAAAAGAUUUAUUUUUAGUUGUGAAGAAAACUACAAUGAACUUUUGUUGUCCUAAACAUGUAGCUUUUUAAUACUAGUGAGAAGUUAAAGUUAUAUAAAUAUCUAUAACGUCGCCUAAUUAAUAUACCACCAUAACAAAUGAUAUUUGUUUUUUUUUUUAAUUAUUAUUGUUAUAUAUACUUCUCAUCGCAUUGAUGACUUUAUUUUAUUUUUAUAUACACUAUUUAUUGUGAAUAAGGACCAGUAAUCAUUAUAAAUCGAUGAUCUAAAUAAAUGUUACCUUGGUUCAUCUGAAACAAGAAUGAAAGUAUAUUUUGUCUUUGCAUUUAUAGUAUGAGUAUGUAAAUAAUGCAAUAUGUGUCUAAUGUCUCACAACCAGCACUGUUAAGGAAAUAACAAUAAAUUUAUAGAUGAUAUAUAUUUAUAGACGAAUAUAUCUGAUUAUUAAAAUUAUUUUGAGUCUUUUAGAAGACUUAGAAAUUAUUUAAAACCUAAAUUUUGAAUUAUUAUUCAUAGGAUCUCUUUUUUUCUUCAGAACAAUCGUACUUCAUAUAGUUUUAAUGUCCAUUUAGUUUUAAAGGCAUUGUCUUUGUGUUAUUCGUUAGAAAAGUUAUGAGAAUUGAGACAGUUUUGAUUCAGACACGAUAGGUAUAUUAUUGUAGUGUAUUCUGUUUUAGCUAUUGCUUUAACACUUAAAUAAAUGUUAGUUUAGACUAGGCAUUAUUAAAAAGAUGAUAGACACUUUUAAUAAUGCCUUUUCAUGUUAUUCAUAAAGUUUUGCUAGUUCUUCAUAGUUUAAUAGUAUGAAGUGAAUUUUGCUUACGCAUGUAGUUUUUAAGAACUGUCUUGCACCAAACUGUUGCCGCUACAUUUUUAACAUAAGUGGUAGUGUUGUGUUAGAUUUGUCCAAUUAUGUAUAGAAGAAUAUAAAAAUGUAUUUACUGUUUAUAUAAUCGUUGUUCAGAUUGCGUAAUAUACAGCUGCGCCAUUUAUACGGCAUAUAAUAGAGGAAACGUCUAUAUUCAAAAUUCAUUGUGAUUGAUUAAUAAUAUUCUUUUAUUAUGUACAUUUUCUUUUAGCACAAAUACAAAUGGAAUAUGCAAUUGCAUACAAGAUAAAUAAAAAAAAUAUAUAAUUUCCGUAUUCUUUUCUCAUUAAAUAUAAUUCUGGUUCUGAUAUUUUUGUGACUGUAAACACACAUUAGUAGAUUGGAACAAUUGGCUUUAGUUUACGACGUACCUAUAUCUGUUUCUGUCUAGCUGAUACUACUAAUAUCAAUACAAAUAUUUGACUAAAACUAAUUGUAUUAUUAACAUAAUUGUAAUUUUUUAACUAUCUUGUUGUAACCAAAUGCCACAUGCCUACAUGUAAGUAAGAAUAUAGUGUAAUGAUAUUGAUUUGAUAUUUACUAAGCUUAUAAAUUAGUUUAGUUUGUAAUAAUUAUAAGAACACAGAGGUAUUCAUAUUUUAUAACAGAUAUUCACAAAUAAUUAUACUGUUGACGGAUCUGGGUGCGGGAUGAUUAUUAUUAGGUAGGUUAUAAAUCGAUUGUUUUGUUAAAAUUUUUGAAAAUAUACAGUACCAAUCUUGUACCAAUAAGACAAUAAGAAAUAUGAUAUGGAAAAUAAGAACUGGAUAUAUCGUCCAUCUAGUCCUAAAUAAAAUAUAACGGAUGACUUAUUUUGCUUUUCGUAGAAAAGUUAUAUGCCUACAAUACAUAGUCGAACUGAAAUUACAAUAAAUUCUAAGGGAUUAUAAUUUUCCCUGAAAAUGCAGUAAAGAGGUCCAACCCUACACAUCGUCCAUAGCCUUUAUACGGUCACGUCAUUCACGCAUUAGGAACACGCGUUAUAUUUGUGUUUGUGUCUACAUUUACAUAAUAAUUCUUUCCUGCGUGAAAGAUUUUACGUAAAAAAGCUGGUAUACACCUACAAAAUAUUAUUGAAAUUACUACCAGGGCGACUAUGGUUUAGGAAGGGAAAGGAGAAAGGAUCAUAUUUUUCUUAAUUGUAAAAAUAUAUUAGUCUAAUAAUGAAGUAGCUUACACUAAAUAAAUAAAGUAAAAAAGAAACGUAUCGUAUACAUGUGCCUAUAUAUAUUCUUCACGGUAAUCCGAAGUUAUCCAGUAUAGAUUAAUUACCAGGACUUAAACUAGUAUGUGCAGGUGUGUCCACUCCAAGGUCUGAAAAAUUUCUUAUAGCACAGAAAUGAUUGUAAUAGCGAAGACGUUUAAGGACCUACAUGUAGUUUUACUUAUUAUGUAUUGUGAUUACUAAGUUACAAAUGCGCUAGAUGCUCAUAAUGCCUUUGUGUUAAUAAAUUCUGGGGCAAGUAUAUGACUAUGUUAUUAUUUAUUAUCAAUUAUAACUGAUUAAAAUUGGUUUGAAAUUGUCUAUACGCCAGUUGAGGGUUAUAAAUAGGGGCUAAAUGGUACAGUUACCAAUGGCAACUGUUAAAUCUGUUCAAAGUUCCGAAAAUCUGUAAUAAACUGAAAAAUUAUUGAUUUUGAUCCGUUAUAAUGGAGAAUUGUUAAUUAAUCGUUCCACUGUUUGCCUACUAGCUAAAUGUGUAAUGGACUGUUUUAUCUAAGUCGGCGACAGCUCGUAAUAUUUAGAGAAAAAUUGGCAGCUGCAGCUGAUGGUUAACAAAAGAAAUUAACGUCUAUGCUACUGAAAUAAAUAUGAAAAA